GCUUAUCGCAAAAUCUCAGGGGGUUCUCUACGAAAACGCACUCAUCCAGCUGGGCUUCCGGUGUGAGUACCGCAAUAAUCUGGGUCGCCUACAACUUUACUAUGGCAACAAGAGUACCGCGGCCUUCACCUCCAUAGUACCCACCAUUCGAUACAUCGAGAUCUCACCCACGACGAGUUUCAGUCCCCUCAAUCUCGAUCUGCGUCCGGCGCUGGCUACCCUGGAUCCCGGCACUCAGAUGCAGCAGCUCCUCAACGUGGAAUGCUUGACCGAUUUCAGGCAGCCCCCGGUGCUCUCUGUCUCUUUUUCACAUCUCUCCGGGCCGGUUAAUUUCUCUGUUCCUCUACCAAUCCUCCUGGUGAAGUUCAUGCAGCCCGCCACGAUGGACCAAGCCACUUUCUUUUCCCGCUGGAAACUGCUUUGC